GUUUGCUCUAAUAGCACCCAGUGAUCUCCCCUGUCUCCUCCUCCUCCAGUUCUUUUCUGUAUAUUUCUCUGUCUUUUUCUUUUCCUCCCUUCCUCCGUCAGUAGUUCAACUUCAACAGGCAGUCAGUCAUCUUUAUACAACCAUCCAUCUAUAUACAUACAUACGUACCCUUAGCUGUAUGUAUGUAUGUAUAUACAUAUAUCUAUCUCUGUCUGUUUAAAAUGGAUGUAUAAAGCCUAGUGUCCUGCCUCAGAACCAUUUAUGUAUCAUACAACAAGGAAAAAAGAUCCCACAAACCAGAAUUCUAAGCCUGGAACCGUUGCUUGUCUUCUAAAGAAUCAGUGAUGUCGACUGUCUCACUUCAUUCUUCCGCUAGAGUCUGCCGUCGGCUAAACAAUUUUCAACCUCUGGCAAGAAUUCCACUUCACUACUAAACGAGUUAUAUAUAUAUAUAUAUAUAUAUAUAUAUAGCCGCCUAUAUAUCUAUAUAAUUAUCAUGUCUGUUAUAUAGAUAUAUAGAUUCUAUAUAUGUGUGUGAAGGAAGGAAGAAUUCCUUGCAGGAAGAAAAGAAGGGACAGUCGUAGUAAAUAGUCAAAGAAAAAUUCAGAAGAAAAAAAAAACAAAACCAAAAAAGAAACAACAUCAACAAAAAAAAAAAAAACGAGACAGCGGAUAAUAAUAAUUUAAUAUUAAUUAAGAAAGAAGCAAGGGUGAUUUUUUUCUCUUUCUUUCUGUUGAAAAUAAUUAUUUAAGCAAUUAAUUGGUACCACUACCUCGUCAUCUGUGGUCCCCCCGAUCUAAUUUGAAGAAGAUAUUUAUCGAAAAGUCUGUAAUUGAGUGUGAUAUCUCCUCUGUAUCAAACGGCAGCAACUGGUCGGUUGAUGAGUCUUGUUGCUCCACCACUAUUUAUUAUUAUUAUCAUCAUCAUCCCGUAGUAGUGAUAUUAAUAAUCUUCAUAGUACAAUGGAGGCUGGAGACACGGAAGGUUCUACUCUGGAAGAGAGCGAUAUAAUAGAAAUCAUUCCAACAGAAGACUACGAUAUUGGAAAGGCGAAGCUGCGUCUGUCCCUUUCCUGGAUACUAGCAAAGGCUUAUGCUGACUGUAUUCCACAUGACUUCUUAGAUCUAUUUUAUGAAAAUGCCCAAGGCCUGUGCCUUCUGAAACCUCAAUUAGUACUCAAAUUAUCAUCGGGAGAAAUUUACAUUCUUGCUUGCAAUAACAUAUUCCCUGAAUAUACAGGAUCCUUAAAUAGUUUUUCCAGUAUUCUUCAAACCCUGUCUAGGAAAGGAUUUUACAUCAGUGAUUAUGAAGGUCAAGUUAUAACAGAAUCUGUUUUAUUACAAACUUCUCCCUUUAAAGUGAAAGCCCACUUAAGUUUCCUGGAUGUCUUAAUGAAAGCCUACGUUAAUACUUUGGUGUCUAUAGAUCAUAUUGUACACAGCCUUUGUUGCUUUACUAACCUUGAUGUCUCCCAACACAUAUUGAGUACUGUAGAAGAUGCAUUAUUAUUAUGGGUGAAUCAAGUCUGCCUUUAUGUCCAACAGUUAUUACAUAAGGAAAGCCAGAGUCAUCACGAUGCCCUCAGUGGUCAGAAGUUUUGUGAUCCUACGAUACCAGUGUUAAAUGGAUUGAGUAAUAUUGGAGAUGGAUGUAGUCUGGCUGUGUUAAUAAGCUUCUACUGCUCGGAUAGCUUAAGAUUACAAGAUAUUGUAAUAAAGAAAUCCCCAAGUAUUGCUGAUUGCCUUUUCAAUUUGCGGUUGAUAAAGAACUUCUGUGACCGUUACUUGUCUACACCGAAAUGCUUUCAUUUUACCUAUGAAGACCUGCUCUAUUGCAAUGAAUUUAUCACCCUUAAUGUAUAUGUCUACUUAGCUGAAUUAUUUAAUAAAUUUGAAAAUCCUUCAUCCAGUUCUUCAACAAAUCUACAAACAGAAAAUAAAAAUGGUGUUUCUAAUGAGAGAAGAUAUAGUCAGCAAUCUGUAGCUAAUGUACCAAUUAGUAAUGUCACUAAGAAGAGUUUCCAAACUUACGAUGUUAGUUCUAUCUCCCAAGAUACUUCCAACUCAAUUUCUGCUCCUCUAACUCGAGAACCAUUGUUAUCAAAACGGUAUUCACAAAAAGAUGUUGAAGAACCACAUUACACAAUUCCUGGCAGAGCUUCUAAAGUGAGAUCACACCCCUCCUGGCAAGACCAGCUGGAUUGUUCUCCUGCUCUGCUGGCGUACUCAAAUGCUGAUGGCGUCGGUAACAUGGCUUACAAUCCAAAGCCUGAUGUAGAUAACUGGGUUGCCUCUCAGGGACCAUCUUCAGACCCUCUGUUACCUGCUCGGCUGAAACCAGCCAAAGAGAAAAACUUCAACCAUAGCAAAGAGGCUGAGAGAGGUGACCAACAUAAUAUCAAAAUGAGUUCCCCAUGUCGUGGUGGCUCGCAUGGGAAGCAGACGUCUCGGAUACUGGAAGAACCAAUGAUAUUGGAUCCUACUGAUCAAUAUGGUGGUGACAUCAGCAGAGAAGAGUCAAGUCUACAACAGCUCUUUAAGAGAAGCUCUAUGCCCACUGAACAGUCGGCUACAUUUCCUCGUAGUCGGCAUAGCUCUGGGGCCAGCAAUCCAGAUGACUCAUUGAGACAAUUUGGCGUUGACCAAAGUUUCACUCUGCCCGACAGACCUUCAAGUGUGAACAGUGCUCGCCAGGAAGGUUUACCAGUUGUUCCAUUGACCCAGACCGAUGAAAUCGAACUUCGGCGGUGUUUUUCCAGAGAGGGCAGCAUUGCGAGUAAUCGGAGUUCCGGUGACUUCUCUGAUCACGAGUCUCAGAAAAUUCACCGUGACCAUAAAGCUAAAGAAUCAAAAGAUCCGAAAGAUACAUUCAUACUUACAGACUCUAUGAAGUUGAAAGAUCCCUUAAUGAAGCCCCUUUUCAACUCUGGUCCCAUCAUGGAGGAGAUUCUUGAUAAAUCCAAAACCACAAACUUUGCUCAGAUCAAAAAGAUGCGAGACAUGAGCGGCCCUUUAACGUCUUUAGUUUAUAUGCAAAGGGGUCAAGAACCUGAUUCCCCGAGCAAGGUUCCACUUAAAGAUCCAUUCCAGAAAAAGGAUGAAGAGAAAAGCAACAAGGCCCAUCAAAUAACCUGGCAGCAAAAUUCUCGACGUUCGCAUGUCACAACACCAGAAAGUCCAUCAGAGGGUCAACACUCACAGUCUGACCAGGUGAAUAUUCGUAUGAAACUAGAAGAAAGGAGAAAACAGAUUGAACAAAAGAAAUUUGAUUUAGAACGGCAACAAACCAAAAUAAGACACCAAGUUGGCAAAGAGGCCUUUCUACAUAUGGUAGCAAGUCAAUCAUCUGCUGGAAUUGAUAAGAACGGGCAGGUUUCAGGUGGAAUUCCUGCAAAUAUACGGCGCUAUAUGAGACAGAAUUCUAGUGGUGAGAACAUUACUGGUGAAGAUUCUUCACAUUUUGUUUCCCAGCGACCUUCUCAUAAACCCUUUUCACGGGAAGAGAUCCAACGUACCAUUGAAAAUGCACGCAAGAAAUGGUUAAACGAAUCUGCAGGAACCAAGACAAAUGCAAAUGAUUCUUAUGAAUCUGAAGUAAAUGAACAAUCAGUCAGGCAAGCUUCCAGCUCACCACUUCACGAACCUUUCAGACGGGAACCGGUCAGGCAUGAGGCUGUUCCUAUACGUCAGGAGCCAGUGAGGCAUGAGGCUGUCCCUAUACGCCAGGAGCCCAUGAGACACGAGGCUGUCCCGAUGAGACAGGAACCAGUCAGGCAUGAAGCGGUCCCUAUACGUCAGGAACCCGUGAGACAUGAGGCUGUCCCUAUACGACAAGAGCCUGUCAGACAUGAAGCAGUUCCACUACGGCACGAAGCCCUUCCAAUUCGGCACGAAGCCCUUCCAAUUCGGCACGAAGCCCUUCCAAUUCGGCACGAAGCCCUCCCUAUUCGACAAGAGGCUCAUCAGCGUGAUGCUGUACAUCAUGAAUCAUUCCCAGUUAGGCCAGAUACAGUUCAUCAUGACCCAAUCUCUCUGAGACAAGACUCUAUAGCACAUGAAGCUGCUGUUGUUAGGCCCCAGCCUGUCGUUGCUGUGCAACCAGGUAUAAGAGAUAGCUCUUCAAAUCGUGCCAGUCCUGAUAGAAGGCAAGAUCCAACAAACAGUGCUGAAAGAGAGGAGAAUUAUGGAAAUUACAAUAAUUCUUUGGACAGAUUAAACCGAAGUUUGACGGAUUUGCAGGGCGAAAUAAUGAAGCUCUCCUUACAGCAACAGCAACAGCUAAAGAGUCAGACGUUGGACAAGUCGCAUCCAAAACCGCACGGGGCUUUACCGAAUGUCUCUACCGCAGGCAUUGUACCCACUCAACAUGGUGAGCUGCAUUUGCAGUGCCAAAUUCCUUUCUCUGCGGCCCCCGGGGGUCAUAUGGCUGGAAGUUCAGAACAACCUCCCUCUUAUAUAGCCUUAGGUCAAUAUCCCCCUCAUAUGGACACUACUGGACAUUUUAACCCUAGCUGUGUGGUACAACAGCCAGGCUAUGCCACACCACCUUUGAUACCACCAGUGUAUCAUACUCCUACGUCUUAUCAACCUCACUUUCCUCAGGCGUCCCCUUAUCAGCCAACCUAUCCAGGUCAACAGUUUAUGUUGCAUUCCCCAACACCACCAACACAGCCUUACAUGUCGCCAGUCAUGUCACCAUACCCUACCCCUCCACCUCACUCUGUCGGUAUAGCCCACCACCUACCAAACACGUACACCACAUCGGUCGGCCAACCAAUUCCGACGGCGACUCCCUACAGUGGUCUUCCAGGACAUCCGAAGCCCGAACUCGCAGGUGUACAUCCAAGUAUGGCUAAUGCUGUGAUAACAUCGGCAGCGGGGGGUGCUUUUUCGCUACACGGUAACCAAACCAGGACUCAAGAGGAACCAUUACCUUCUGGGUACGCACCUCACCCUCAUGCUGCGUCCUCUUCAGGAUAUGUACCAUAUUUAAAUAGUAGUAAUAAUAUUAACACGAGUAGUAAUAUUACCAAUAAUGUUAACACAAAUAAUACUGUCACCAGCUCUGGGGUAACAAGUUGGCAUUCCCCAUCAGGUAGUCCCAGUCGACAGAGUUUGAAAAGCAAUCAGAGCAGUCACCAUGGGUCCCCUAGCAGCAGCAUCAGCAGCAGUCCUCCGCAUCGACCAAGUAAACAGCCUCCACCUCCUACCACGUCUUCGGCCGAUGUACCCAGUCAGUCUGAAGAGGCACCCACAGCGACUGCUGAAACAGACACUAGCGAGGAGCCGACGUCUUCUGCCAAUGAAGGAUUCUUUGUGUCAUUUGGUAACGAACAGCCGCGUCGUCCCAAGCCGAAACUUACCAAACGAGAGAAGAAAGAAGAGAAGAAGGACGAGAAGUUACCCGUUCCACCGGUUUCCAAGGAGACCGCUGAGGCGGCCACUCCUCCCAAAUUACCGUCACCAUCGAAGCCUCUUCCUCCACCCACUGCACCUCCUCCAGUUGUAGAAGAGGAAGAUGUACCAGCAGCUCCAGCUGUUGCAUUUGUUUUAGAAGAACCGGAAGAAUGUCUUGAUGAAGAUGAGAUGGCGGUGAGGAGAAAGCGAAUGUUGAAACAGCAACAGAAGAGACGAGAAGAACAGGAAUUACGUCGACAGCAGAAAGAAGAAGCGUUUGCUAAGAAGAGAGCACAAGAGAUGUUGAAGAAGGAAGAAAUAGCUCAGAGGAAAGAGCAAGAAAAGGCGCGCAGGCAGAUGAUUCUGCAACAAUAUAAGGAACGGAAGAGAAAGGAGGAAGACGACGAAAAGAAUCCACCAACUGAUCGUUACGAGCGUCCAGCUCGGAAUCCCAAACCACGUCCAAAGAGCAUGAUAGUGCGUUCAUCGAAACCUCCCGAGGUUGGUGAAGAUGAUGCUAGUAGUAUUCAUUCGACAAGUUCACAGGAAGACAUUGCAGGGCGAGGAUUCAGCAGUCCUACUAGUUCAAACAGUAACUCUAAAUCUGGGCCACUGCUCUCUACAAGCUGGCCUGCAGGACCAUCCCAAUUGGAGGUUAUCAAAAUGGGUUUACAACAUGGCAUUUGCUGCUGCAAAGGGAUAAGCCUAUCCAGCCCAGCACCAGCCAGAGUGUCAAUGAACUUACUGGCAAAUCAAGGCAACUCGGGGCGCACUAACUUUGGCAGAAGACCCCCAUCUCCAGUGAUGAUGAGCCUAUUCACACAACAAAAUCACUCUGGUCGUUACGGAACUGGCAGACGGCCACCAUCCCCAGACUUGUACCGAUUUGGUAGGAAGAGUGGUAAGAGUACUGAGAGUAGCAGUGAUGCAGGUUCAACUGCUGGUUCGGACUAUACAGGUCCCAAACUCUUUGUGAAACCAAGCUCCAAGUCAAACCGUCACAUUAUAAUCAACGCCAUUAGUCAUUGUUGUUUAGCAGGAUGUGUGAACUUAGAUCUGAAAAAUAAAGUCUUAGAGGAAAUUGCGAAAUCCGAUGCAAAGCAUUUUGUGAUAUUAUUCCGGGACACAGGUUGUGCAUUUCGGUCACUAUAUGCCUAUUACCCAGAGCGUGAAGAGGCUGUUAAAAUUCAUGGAAUUGGACCAAAAUUGGUGACUAGCAAAAAUAUUGAAAAAUAUUACAAGUACAACUCUGGUGGUAAAAGUUUUGCUGAAGUGACAUCUACGAAACAUUUAUCUGUAUCCAUUGAUGCUAUCGUUAUCAAUGGCAGUUUGUGGAAAAGUUCCCGGACGCCUACGGGCCGACGAUAAUGAUACCAAGCAGAGGGGAGUCUUUCUCAGUGCUGACCUAUAUCUCCCCCCCUAUCUCUCUCUCUAUAUAACCAACCCCUUUGUAUUUAUAACGGCAAGUGCUGAAGUAUUAGGGACUUGGGACUAGUACGUGAGCAUCUGAGUAUGGUCAGCUGUGCUGUCGGCUUUUGGUGGGGUUGUCUCGGAGGGAGGAGGGGGGAUCUGAAGCUAUUAAGUUUAGCUGCCACACACUGUCGACAUUUACCAUUGAGCUAAAUCUGCUCGUUAACAAAUGUCGCCCUCCCCUUUCACAUACAUUUUAAACAUUUUUUUUUUCCAAAUGCUAAUAAUAUGAGUUGUUAGAAGAAACUUUAUCAAUUUUUUGAUAUCUGCACUGCUUCAAGCAGGCACCAUUGACUUGUGUCUCUCUCUGUCUGUCUGUCUCUCUGUCUGUCUGUCUGUCUUCUCUCCAAAGCCCUUGUUCUCUGGUCUGUCUGUCUGUCUGUCUAUAUGUUCUGUAUGUGCGAGGAGCUCUUCUAGCUGUCAGGCUGGCGUUGCUUCUUAACCAUGUUCCAUUCCAUUUCUGAUAAACUGACGAUGGAUUUUAAAGAUAUGACAAAUUAAAUUGCAAUAAAAUAUAAUGGCCAACUUCAUA